GCUGUGACUGAGGGGCGGCCAUGUUGUGGAGGGCCGGGGCUCCUGGUGGCCGUGGCUAAGAAGGGAGGGACGGGGGACCGGGGAGAGGGAGGAGGCGGGCUCUCCCCCCGCCGCCGCCCGGGCUAUGUCCGUCAAGGAGGGGACUCGGGCGGCGCUGCUGGUGGGGGCGCUCCAGCAAGGGCCCUGCUGCGAGAGGGCCGUCAAGGCUGUCCCCUUUCCACCAACACAUCGUCUAACAUCAGAAGAAGUGUUCGAUACAGCUGGAAAACCUCGGGUUGAUAUUUUGAAGAACCACCUAAUAAAAGAAGGUCGGGUAGAUGAAGAAAUUGCACUUAGAAUAAUCAAUGAAGGUGCUGCAAUUUUAAGAAGAGAGAAGACCAUGAUAGAAGUUGAAGCUCCUAUUACAGUGUGUGGUGACAUUCAUGGCCAAUUCUUUGACCUAAUGAAGCUAUUUGAAGUGGGAGGAUCACCUGCUAACACAAGAUACCUGUUCCUUGGUGACUAUGUAGACAGAGGAUAUUUUAGCAUAGAGUGUGUGCUGUAUUUGUGGGUCCUGAAGAUCCUAUACCCAAACACAUUGUUUCUUUUGAGAGGCAACCAUGAAUGCAGGCACCUCACAGAAUAUUUUACAUUUAAGCAGGAAUGUAAAAUAAAGUAUUCUGAAAGAGUCUAUGAUGCCUGUAUGGAAGCUUUUGAUUGCCUUCCACUUGCUGCACUUCUGAACCAACAGUUUCUUUGUGUCCAUGGUGGACUUUCUCCAGAAAUAAAUACAAUAGAUGACAUUAGGAGGCUAGAUCGAUUCAAGGAACCCCCUGCUUUUGGACCAAUGUGUGACUUAUUAUGGUCAGAUCCUUCUGAAGACUUUGGAAAUGAAAAAUCUCAGGAGCAUUUCAGUCAUAAUACUGUCAGAGGAUGUUCCUAUUUUUAUAGCUAUCCUGCAGUUUGUGAAUUUUUGCAGAAUAAUAAUUUGUUGUCUAUUAUCAGAGCUCAUGAAGCUCAAGAUGCAGGUUAUAGAAUGUAUAGAAAAAGUCAAACAACAGGCUUCCCUUCAUUAAUAACAAUUUUUUCUGCACCAAAUUAUUUGGAUGUCUACAAUAAUAAAGCUGCUGUAUUAAAAUAUGAAAACAAUGUUAUGAAUAUUCGGCAGUUCAACUGUUCACCACAUCCUUAUUGGUUGCCAAAUUUUAUGGAUGUCUUCACAUGGUCAUUGCCGUUUGUUGGAGAGAAAGUGACAGAAAUGUUGGUGAACGUACUAAGCAUUUGUUCUGAUGAUGAACUGAUGACUGAGGGGGAAGAUCAAUUUGACGAACGACUCAUAUAUGGCAAUAAAAAAGUAGGUACAGCUGCAGCACGAAAAGAAAUAAUCAGAAAUAAAAUCCGUGCAAUUGGCAAGAUGGCAAGAGUCUUCUCUGUUCUCAGGGAGGAGAGUGAAAGUGUAUUGACACUCAAGGGUUUGACUCCCACUGGAAUGCUUCCUAGUGGCGUGUUGGCUGGAGGACGCCAGACCUUGCAAAGUGCCACAGUAGAGGCAAUUGAGGCUGAAAAAGCAAUACGAGGAUUCUCUCCACAACAUAAAAUCUGCAGCUUUGAAGAGGCAAAAGGUCUGGAUAGGAUCAAUGAGCGAAUGCCACCAAGGAAAGAUGGUCACCUACAAGGCGGCAUUAAUUCCAUGAAUGCAACAAAUGCCAAUGGAAACAAUGGGACUGGUAACAACAAUGGUCAGUGACCACCCAUCGGCUUCACUUCAUUUUGUCUUGCCUGAGAACUCCUAGAGGGCCGUUCCUUGGUAGGAUAACAGCCAAAACAUCCCAAGGGGAUCCAGCCCAUCUUUUUUAAUGCAAAGCAAAACUAUUGCUUGAUCUUGCAGAAGAGAAGCCAUCAAAACUUUGGAAGUGAUGACUUCAGUAUAAACGUACAUGUUGUCAGAGCUGACCUGUGAAGAGUGAUCUGGGCAAAGGAUUCAGCUGUGAUCACAAUAGACUAGCAUGCGACUUUUAAAAAAGAAAAAUCGUUGUCAACACACUUUUUAUGUUUACAGAAUGGGGUCGUCUUUUCAAAGUAACGCUAGAUGGUGGGGUUUUAUGUUUGUUUUGUUUUUAAAUCAGACCUGAUGUGCCCCUAUUUAUUAAAUGGUCUUAUAAACUCUCUUGCAACAAGUUUUACAAUGUUUUAUAUUCGUCUUAAAACAGGAAUCUGAGGCUGCAGACAAAUCAGUGUUUUAAAAUAAAUGAGGAAAAAUGCCAAAAAUCUUAGUAAUUAUGUAAAAUGCUGAUAUCAGGCGUACUGUUCCUAAUUCUGUAUAAAUGGUCAACAUACUAUUUUUAGUUAAACUUUAAUCAGACAUUUCUAUAUAGUUAUUUAUUACUUGAAAGUAGAUUUCAGAAAUAUUUUAAUUUAGAAGCUUUUUGUCCCCCUCUUUUUUGAGACUUUCCCCACACUUGAAUCUUAAAAUGAGUGUAACAGUAUAAAGAGUUAAAUUUUUUAAGUUACUUCUAAAUGAAUUUUGUACAUUACAUGUAAAGUAAAUCUGAGUCAUAUCAUUUCUGUAAAGCUUGGCUUUGUAUUUUGUGUGUGCAUGUUUUCAUUUUGAAAGUAUUUAAUAUAUAGACUUAUGUACAGGGGAAAAAACAUCUUAUGGGUUAUGCAGCUGUUAUGGGUAUUUUAAUUCAUUAUAUUACGGUGGCUUUAAAUAGCUAAUAAUAAUGGGCUGAGUGACUACAGAUGUGCUGUUUUACUUCUGUAAAAAUGUUAUUUUGGCCAUGCAAUGCAUAAUUAUUCUGUUGGACGUUAAGUUGAUAGUGGAAAUAGAGCAGCAAAAAUGCAUGUUUUGUUUUUGAUUGUUCCGAUUGGUUAAAAUCAGAUCAAAAAACAAGUGCUGUUUUAACAAAGGAUGAGGUGUAGUCACAUGCCACUUUACUUUCUUUCUCUUGAUACUUUGUCAUGUACAUUUUUCAUCCCAUGGAAAACAAUUUUAAUCUUAUGCCAGUGGAUUUCAUCUCCCGUUUGUUUGCCUCAAAAUACAAUCUAUUCAUGACCUUGUAUAAGUUAGCAACUUGAUGCAUGUUUGAAACCAUUCACAUCUUUUAUAAAAAGAAUUGCACAAUAAAUUUUGUGUUUGGGCCAUG